AUGGCAGCCUUCGACCACUUCGGAGACAUGUACGAUGUUGCACUCAAACCACGCUUGCUCAACACUCUCAUCAGUGACUACCUCCCCACCGUCGAUCACCCCUUUUCCAACCCUUCCGAACUCUCCAAAGUUGUCUCUCUGAUCAAAACACAUUCUCUCCUAUCUGAGGAUGUAACAGAUUCCAUGGAGAGUAAACAGGGUAAAGCUUGGAAAUCUUCUGUUACUUCAUGGGUCGAUCGUGUUUUGCUCCUCCUUUCUAGCCAUUCGCCUGAUAAACGUUGGGCAGGAAUAUCUUUGCUAGGGGUUACUUGUGAAGAGUGCAGUUCUGAUCGUUUCCAAGAAUCUUACACUGUGUGGUUCCAGAAGUUGCUAACUUCUCUACAGUCACCGGAAGAUUCUCAUUUAGUGAAGGUGGCUGCUUGUGCUUCCAUAUUGAUCUGCUUGCAAGGUUAA